AUGGCUAGCCAGACCGAUCGAGCACAGGAGAUCGGAAAAGGCGAGACAGUUCCUCCACAUCACCGUGAAGUAGACUCGCAAAAUGCUCACCGUCAUAAUCCUGCCGCUGAUGCUGCCAUGCAUGAUGAGAAACAGGCAAAGCGACAAAGCUAUCGGGACUCGGAGAAAUCCAUUGUUGCCCCAAAUGGGUCCGCAAUGCCGACUUCUACUGUUUUGAGGUAUUUAGUGACACUCCGAAAGCCUACACUCGACUUCUGGACCAUUACUAUUAGUCCGGAGAGACCGUCUCCGGCACCGCCAUCUUGGCAGCUCGUAUACAGCACCACGCGUGAUGCCACGAUGCAUAGGAAGACCCCAUGCUUUGCCAGAAAGGCUUCCGCGAGCGAGAUCGCUACCAUCAAGUUUCCAAAGGUGGUCUGGCCUGGUUGUGGCCCAACCAUUACCUUCCAGCCCCACGAAGCUGAAAUCGAGGAACGAGGAGCAAGACAUGUUAGUCCCACGGAUCGCUUCAUGGCUUGCACAGGAUGGCUGAGUACGACAUAUGGUAUUGAUCUACCGGCAUUGAGUGGAGUGAGGGUGGAAUGGAAGACCUCCACAGACCAAGGGGCUGUAGCGGCCGCAGUGGGAAGCCCUCCGGUCAAGACACCUUCAGAAAUUAUCCACGAGAAGCAGCCCGAGUGGGUCGGACCUCAUGAUAAUGCUGAAGGGUCUGGUUCUUAUGGCGAUCGCGAUCCACGGACACCUUUCCCGACCCAAGUCCUGGCCGCUGAGAACUCAGACAAGAUCUUGGCAGCGUACACUCGCAGUGCACCAUGGGCGAAGCAUAGUGGUAUCUUGACCAUUCCACAAAGCGAUACUCUUACGGAACACCUGAUCGAGGAUAUUGUGGUCAUCUGUGCUGCCAUGGUAGGCAUGCAAGAUCGUAUUGGCUUGACGUCUGCGCUCAUCGAGUCUGGCUACGAUAAUAUUGUGCGUGGUAAAGGCAAGAGCUGGGUCAAGUGA